AUGGCUACUCAAAUGGUGAGCCAAGCCAGCAGCAACAGCAGCAGCUUAUUCUGCAAUAGCAGCAGUUUUGGGAUUGGUGACAUGUAUGGCUUACAUGAUCUUUCUAAAGCAGAAAUAGCAGCUCCUCGAUUGAUAAUGCUAGCAAAUGUUGCUCUUACUGGAGAAGUUAACAAUGGCUGCUCUGAUUAUGCUUUGGAAGAGGACAAGCAAAUGGCUGAAUUGACCACUGUCUAUGAAAACAGUUUUUCUGAUAGUGAAGGGGAAAGGAUGGAAAUGGAAGAAUCGGCCUUGGAGAGUGAGGCACCCAUUUUUGAGAUAAUGGAAAUUCCACCCCCUCAAGUGCAGGCAGAAACUGUAUCUGACAAUCAAACCCCUACUCUUGAUAAUCCUGUAGAACCCGAACAAGAAAAAGAUGUGGAUGCUCCUCCAGUGGCUGAAGAGAAAAACAAGAGCACCAAAAGCAAGCCUUUUCAGUGUAGGCCUUGCCAGUAUAAGGCUGAAUCAGAAGAAGAGUUUGUUCAUCAUAUUAAGGACCACAGUGCUAAGAGAUUCAUUGAUCAUGACACAAAUAAAAACACAAAAGAAUCAGGAUCUUGCUCAUCUGAAGAGGUGGACACUUCUAAAGGACCUAUCAGAUGUGACCGAUGUGGCUAUAACACCAAUAGAAUUGAUCACUAUUUGGCACACUUGAAGCACCACAACAAAGCAGCAGAAAAUGAGAGAGUUUACAAGUGCACCAUAUGUACAUACACAACAGUCAGCGAAUAUCACUGGAAGAAACAUCUCCGGAAUCACUUUCCAAGGAUUGUUUAUACAUGUUCACAAUGUUCUUAUUUUUCAGAUCGUAAGAAUAACUACAUUCAGCAUAUAAGAACACAUACAGGCGAAAGACCUUAUCAGUGUAUAAUGUGUCCAUAUUCCAGCUCACAAAAAACCCAUUUGACUCGACAUAUGCGGACUCACUCAGGUGAGAAGCCAUUUAAAUGUGAGCAGUGUAAUUAUGUAGCGUCAAAUCAACAUGAAGUGACACGGCAUGCCAGGCAACUCCAUAAUGGGCCAAAACCUUUAACAUGCCCACACUGUAACUACAAGACGGCAGACCGCAGCAAUUUCAAAAAGCAUGUGGAGUUACAUGUCAAUCCACGUCAGUUCUUGUGUCCUGUUUGUGAUUAUGCUGCAUCUAAGAAGUGUAACUUGCAAUAUCACAUCAAAUCUAGACAUUCUGGUUGUACUGACAUCACAAUGGAUGUUUCCAAAGUGAAACUGCGGACAAAAAAAGAAGUGCCAGUUUCAGAGCUUAGUGUAAAUAAGCAAGAAGAAAAAGAAAACUCACAAGUAAGAUCUGAGUCAGUAGAAAAGAAAACUGAUGGGAAAAUAAAACUGAAUAAAGAAAAAUGUGAAACCCUUAAAUCUGCUUCCAUUGGCCAGGUGACCAAACGUAGUUGCAAAAUCUCUUCACAUAAGACUGUUGAGAAUACAAGCGGUGAUAAGAAUGCCUUAAAAGCUAAACGUGCAAAAAGAAAAUAUGGUUCGGUACCUGAGAAGCCACUUAAGACCAACGAUGCACAGAAUACCAGUAUGAAGAAAAGCAAAUUGAGUCAAAAUAACCAACGAGUGCGUGAAGCGCUUAAAAAAGGAAACCGAGCUGGAAAGUCCCAGAAGCAGAAGUUAUUUAUGAAUAAGGGUAGCCAGCAGAAACCCAUUAAUAAAAAAAAAAACUAUAUUGGAAAGCACUGA